AUGAGCGUCUGCCGCCCCGCAAGAUGUCUCUUCACCAAAGCAGCAUCGACGACGCUUCCUAAACCGCCUCCGCAACGCACUUUCCACGCUUCCGCAACCCGACAAGCCCGCAAGAGGAGACCGCAUUAUCCGUCAAUAAAGGCCGAUGACCUCAAGCUCCUCAACCAGGCGGCCGAAGCAGAGUACCCCAAGUACGACACCUCGGAGACGACGCUGCUGGAAAAAAAGUACACACCCUCGCAAAUCGCCGCCAUCAAAGCCGCCGAGUCUACAAUCGACGCCCGAGAUGUCCUCACGCAGGGCCAGCGAAGAACAGAUCCAUGGCGUAUGAACUACGAAGACGACCUGGCGCAAGUCGACCCCGUGACGGACCGACCCGAGCGCCUAACAGGCGACGACAUCGAAGGCCCAAAAACCUUCCGCAUCGCCAACGAAGUCGAGCGCGACGAGAACAUAACCCGCAUCGCCACUGAGAAUCUCGCAAAGAUGUACCCGGACGGCAUACCAGAAGACGACGAGAACCUACAAAAAGCCAUGGACGCAGCCGUCACCCAAGCCACCCUAGACCCCCGCGCAACCUACACAUCCAAGAACCCCGCCGCCCUCCAAGCCCUAGGCGACGAGCGCCACUCGGUCAUCGCACCCGACCUCCCCCGCGUCGAAAACCGCAUGGUCCGUCAGACCCGGCGUCUCUCGACCGAAGAAGAAGAGGACCCACGGCAAAAGCGCCUCUUGCAAUACCUCGGCUGGGACAAGCAGAAGCUGCGCCAGAUUCGCGUCAAGACACUAGUUACGCACUUCGUUACCAAUCAGACUCGCAUGGGCAAGAUAAGAAGUAUGUACUACCUGACCAUUGCGGGCAACCAAGACGGGCUCCUCGGCGUCGGAGAAGGCAAAUCCGUGGAACCGGAUGAAGGACGUAAGCAGAGCGUCAUGAGCGCCAUACGAAACAUGCGCCCUGUUCCUCGUUACGAGAACAGAACCACAUUUGGCGAUCUGGAGAAGAAGGUCGGUGCGACGAAAGUCCAGAUUUUUGCGAGACCGCCUGGUUUCGGUCUCCGCGUCCAACAUCUCAUUUUCGAACUCGCACGUGCAGCGGGUCUCCAGGAUCUGUCUGCCAAGACACCGCGGUCGAGGAAUAAAAUGAACGUUAUCAAGGCGACGUGGGAGGCGCUUACGCAGCAGAGGUUACCGGACGAGAUUGCGAGGGCGAGGGGGAAGAAGUUGGUGGAUGUGAGGAAGGUUUACUAUGGAGGGAGCAUACAUUAG